AUGGUGGACGUGAGGUGUCUGAGUGAUGAAGAAUUGCAGAGUGAACUCGACAAGCUUGGCUUUUCACCUGGCCCAAUCCUGCCUUCCACCAGAAAAGUGUAUGAAAAGAAGUUAAUGCAAUUGUUGGUCUCCACUCCCUGUGCAUCGCCUGUGGUGAACGGACCCAGAGAACUGGACAGAGCUCAGGACUAUGAUGACAGUGAAGAGCUUAAUGCCACUAUCAUUUUGAAAGGAAAUAUCAUACUCUCACCAGAAAAAAACAAGGGACCCAAAAAAAGACCCGAGGCUUCCACCGGUAAACCAAAAGCCCUAGAUAUCUCCUGCCUUGAUUGUAAGCAUCCCGAGGGAAGAAGGUAUGCUGCAAGACCAUCAAGCAUCAGACUCAAAGCAUGCAGCAACAUCAGAGAGAGAGCCCUCUGCAUGAUCAACAGGAGAGCUGGGAACAAGAACCUGGAAACAUUUCCAGUGGGCCUGAAACUGGCUGUGUUUGGCAUCUUCAUCAUUGUGAUAUUCGUCUACAUAACUGUGGAAAGGAAGCCACUCUUUGGUUAA